UAUUUUCUAACCUCACAUUUUCCGUGUAAAGAUGGUUUGAUGCAGCUGCAGGGUCUAAAACCCGGCCACCAUGUCACCACCAGUUCUGACCCUGACCCUGACUGCUAAACUUCUCCUGGGAAUUUACAACUUCCUUGUCAUUAUCAUAGGGCUGUUCGGUAACUUGUGUGUCCUCUACUGCUCUGUUAGACAUGGGGCAAUCUCAAUGGAUGACACGACACUGGUCUUCAUAGAGAACCUAGCACUAGCUGACAUGCUCAUUUCCCUUCUCUACUACUUCCCCAUGAUGGUAACCCUAGUGUUCGGACAGUGGAUGUUCGGACCUGGCUUGUGCUGGUUCGUGGGCUUCUUCGGCUCGCACAUCCCCUUCCUCGCGGAGAUCCUCGUCAUCAUGUCCAUUGCUAUAUACCGAGUAUGGGUCUUGAAGAAGCCUCCAGAACGUAGAAAGCUGGUGACUGUGACCCACGUUAAGGUGCUGAUAUCAUUUAUCUGGGUCCUGGUAACCAUACCCGUGCUUUACUGGGCAGUUGCUGGAGCCUACGCUACAUUCUCCCCUCGGAUCCUCAUCUGCACUUCCUCCAACCAUAUCCCCACUGCUGGUAAAGCUCUGUACACCUCUACCAAGGUGUUCACUAUCAUAUUCGUGGCUGUUCCCAUGAUUAUAGUCUUCUUCACAAGUGUGAAGAUAAUGCACACUAUCUGUAUCCAUACUCUAUCAGUAGGAGUCUCCGUCAUGCCUCACAUUCGCUCCAUCAUCACAGUCAAUCUGAUCUGCUGGGCCUUCCUCAUCUCGUACGCCCCUAUCUUCGUCAUGAUCAUCCUUAAAUCGUCCGGCCAGUCUGUGCCCAUUUGGUUCGGCCUCUUCCAAACAUACGCUAAAUCAGUGCACGUGAUCAUAAACCCCUUUAUUUACGUAGCAACGAACAGUAGGUUCAGACACUUUGUACUGAACAUGCUGCGUUGGGAGGAGCAGGAGAGGAGCGUGGAUACAGUGGGACAGGAGGGACACCCUCUCUACGAUCAGUCCUCCUCCACUCCCCAGCUUCAACCUAGUCCUCCCCAGCCAGCUCCCAACCCUGAAAAUCAUUGUAAACUUAGUACUACGGUUUAGGUUGAGGUAUUGUUAACUUGUGUUGACUUAGCUUGUGAUUGUUCUGAGUUUUUAUUGUAGAUUUUAGAGUGUUCAGUGUAUAAAUGGUAAGAAUUGAAACAUUGAUUUGGUGGAGACGUUGUUUGAACUUUCAGCCUUUAAACGUGUAAUUUGUUCCUGAUUGUUGCUGAUUAAAGUUGACGUUUAAUUGGGAUUACUUAUUAUUAGAAAUAUUUUCUAAAGCUAGAAAUAAAGGGCUUCGUAAAACAUCACUAUCUUUUAUCUACAACUUUCCGCAUUUCCAGUAAUCGUCGAUUACUGGCAAUUCUCUAUACAAAAAGAUUGUGUCGAUUUUCAUGUGUUUUUCAUGUUUGAUGUUUUCUAUGGAAAUGAAGUAUAACACAGCUAAAUAUUUUUGAAGAGGACGGACCUAAGAAAAACAGUUCAAGUUUUUGACCCAACUCGACAUGUUUGUCUUUUCAUAUCUGUCUGGAAACAAAUAUUUUGCAGACAGAAACUAUGUGACCUGACUCGAAAAUCAAAACUUCGAUCUUCCGUAUAUUCCCAUUAACCGUACUAUUUUCCUUUCAUAUACCAUACGGUAAAUCGGGGUUUCAUUAAAGUUUAAAUUAUUGUGCUCCUGCAAUCAAAUAAUUAUCGCUUAUUAUUCGGGGUGGUUCAAUGAUAAAUCUCUAUUGCAGCUAUGAUUGCUAUGGUAUUUGCACUAUAUCGAUUAAGUUAAAUUUGGAUUUGAAUCGUGAUAACGGCUUCACUUUAUAAUAAAGAUUAGAUUACAGGUUACAGCUGUAUUUGAAAAUCUAGACUGGAAUCAAGUAACAAAUUAUUAUAUUGUUAUUAUACAAAGAAAAACUAUAUUUUGUGUUGAGAUUAGAUGAUGUUUAGUGCCUUUACAAUGGCGACCAAUCUGAAAUAUUAUAGUAUUUCAAAUGCAUAUUAUAAAACAUGUUUUCAGCUUUUUCUGCAUAUGUUUGGUUUAUUUCUGAAUUAGUAAAGGACCUAAUUAAUUUAAAGGUCAUUAUGCGGAAAAUAGGCAAAUAAUUGGUCGAUCUCCAUAUUUAUUUAGCUGAUUGUAUUUGUUUGAUUAUAUAUAAUGGUUAUAUAGUCAUUACAACGUAAAGGACACAGGUCCGACUUUAAGAUUAUGACCACGUGGUUAACAUGUUAGAGCGUUCUAUAGUGCACUAUUUGGCCUAUAUUUUAUUGCUGUAGGUGAACGUAGCCUUCUUACUUAGGUAUUGAGGUAGAGUGGGUGGGUGCCCCACAAACAAACAAACAGAUCUAUAUUUCGAUUGAUAACUUAUUUAAUAAUAUUACUUGCUCGUUUUUAAACCUAUUUAAUGGCAUAAAUUAAUAUACUAUUUAGUCCUUGGAUUCUUAUGGAUCAUCCAUUUUUACAGUUCAAAGAUUACAAAUGUGUCACAAUAGUUAUAGUAUUGAAUUGUAUUUACAGCUGUUUUUUGUAGUGGAACAUAAUUUUUACUUCUCGACAUUUUACGGUUUAGAUUUCACGGUUUGGGAAAUGUGUAAACUGCUCAUAAUAUAUCUAUGAGUUAAGGGCAAGAAAACAUUUUUUAGUCGGGAAUGGGAAGUCGUAUGAUAUAAAAUGUUGCGAAGUGAAGAGCUCUUUUUUAUUGUCUUGUGUUAACCUUUUUUAGAGAUUGCAUUUUUCAGACAUUUGCAGUUUCCUGCGUUUUACUCCGCUGAUCUUAAUGUGUGAUCUGAAUGUUGGUGUUCUG